AUGGUGGCAUCGUCACGAGAAAGCAACGGAGCCGUGGAGGAGCUGAAUAUAACGGUUGCAGUGCGGUGUAGGGGACGUAAUGAGCGGGAGAUCAAAGCUAAGAGUUCGGUGGUUGUUUCUGUGCCUGAUGUGACUGGAUCAAAUGAGGUAUCGAUCAAUACUACGGGUGACGUUGGAAUAGCAGCUCAGAUAAACUCGAAGACUUACACUGUUGAUGAAGUUUUUGGGCCUAGCGCCAACCAAAGUCUUAUUUUCCACAAGAUAGCGGAGCCUCUGUUUGCGGACUUCAUUAAGGGUUACAAUUGCACCGUGUUGGUAUAUGGGAUGACUUCCACAGGUAAAACAUACACUAUGACUGGCGACGAAAAACUUUAUGAUGGUGAAUUGAGCGAAUCUGCAGGUAUCAUACCUCGGGUUCUGUUCAAGCUCUUCGAGAGCCUAGAAAACGAAGAUUAUGUGGUGAAGUGCUCAUUUGUGGAGUUGUACAAUGAGGAGUUGAAGGACCUGCUCAGUGACUCGCAAGAUUUCUCGUCAUCGGCUAGAAAGCUGCGAAUCUUUGACUCGAGCACGCUGAAUGGCGGCACAACGUCGAUGAGUAACAAUAGCAGUAGGAAAAGUUCGCGGAAUAAUUCGCCUCGGUCUUCUUCUGAGCUAUCCACGGCGACUUUCAUGAGGAAACGGUGGAAAAAUAACAUGCCAACAUCCAAUGGUUCAGCGGGUUCUUCCGUGUCUAAUGGCAAUUCUAAUAAAAGCCAAUCGUUACAGGGGUCACAGGAUCAAAAUGCUGGCAUUUACAUACAAAACUUGCAGGACUUCCAUAUCACAACAGCUAAGGAGGGAAUCAAACUGCUACAAAAAGGUUUGAAACAUAGACAAGUAGCCACAACGAAGAUGAACGAUUUCUCCAGUCGAUCUCAUACGAUUUUCACUAUCACUCUGUAUAAGGAAUAUCACGGUGAACUUUUCAGGGUAUCUAAGAUGAACUUGGUCGAUUUAGCUGGUUCAGAGAAUAUUAGUCGAUCUGGUGCUCAGCACCAGCGUGCUAAAGAAGCGGGUUCUAUAAACCAGAGUCUCUUAACUUUAGGAAGAGUGAUCAAUUCGCUUGCUGACAAGAGUUUACAUGUUCCAUUUCGAGAAUCCAAGCUGACGCGGCUCCUUCAAGAUUCAUUAGGUGGGAAUACAAAGACUGCACUUAUAGCCACUAUAUCUCCCGCCAAGAUAAACUCGGAGGAGACCUGUAGUACACUGCAAUAUGCAGCAAAAGCCAAGAACAUCAAAAAUAAACCACAGUUGGGCUCUGUUAUCAUGAAGGAUAUUUUAGUGAAAAGCAUCACGGCUGAACUGGCGAAAAUAAAGGCCGACCUGCUAUCGACCAAGACGAGGGAAGGUAUCUAUAUGAGUCAGGAUAACUACAAGGAGUUGACGAAUGACCUUGAUAGUUACAGGACAGAAGUACAGGAAUAUAAAAGAGCAAUUGAAACUUUGACCUCGCAAAAUACCCUUUUAUUGAAGGACAAGAAAGCUUCUAACGAAGUCAACGAUCUGCAACGAAUCAAAUUGCAGAACAUGAAGGAUUCGAUCAGUGAGCUGCAUGCUCGAAUUGACAGACAGAACAGAAGAGAGCAGAACUUGGUUAAUAUGGCAUCCACACUCAGAACAACUCUAAACACCAUGCAAACUAUCCUGAGUGAGCGGGAAAAGAAAGAAAAAGACUUGAAGGAAAACAUCAAUCGCCUAAUCGCUAGCGAUUUUGCACAGGUUAGAGAAAUGAUUGAUAAAAAUUUCCAGGAAAUUCAAAAUAAUAUAAAACUCGAGUCUGCUGGGAUUCAACCUAAUAUUGAUUCAAUUAAGGAAGAAAUACGAAUGUUAUUGGAAACGGCUCAAGAGCAUACCGACGAGGUGUACAAGGAUUGCGUUGAAAAAGUAUCUGGCGAGUUGCCUGCCUUGUACGAAGCGGCCAGCGAGCGAAUAACGGAAGUUGAGGCAAUGGUUGGAAAAUGUUACAGAGAUCUUUCAGAGAAUUUAUCCGAUGCCAGCGAAGAGUAUAAUAAUUUCAAACAGUACCUCAAUGAUCACUUUUUCAAGAAUAAUCACGAAGAACUUCUAGCAUCUCAUGUGGACCGUACCUAUCAUCAUAUUCAGGCAUCUGGAGAAGAUUUGUUUCAAAAAUUCAAAGAAAUGAUGGAUAAUUACUUAGAGAAUAAUAAACAUUUGAUGCUCAACAGUUUGAGAACUGCUACAUGUGACGUGAUAGAGAAGGAAAUGCAAUUGUUCGAGCCGCAGAAGGAUAAGUGGGAAAGCUCGUUCAAGUACAUCAAUAAUUGCGAUGCUUUGAAUAUUGCUCUUCAAAAAGAUAUAAAGUCGCCAUUAUCGGACUUUAGAUCAACCUUACAAACGUCUCGAAAUAUGAUAGAGCAGGCCAUGACCAAAGUCAAAAAAAGGAUGAGUGAUCACGAAAGUCCUCGCUCGGCGUUGAGUAAAAACCAAACUUUCAAUCAGGAGUUCUCAGGUCUUUUAAACAAGGAGAAUCAGCUUCAAGAAGGCCUGAAAAAAAGCCUGCAGUUUACAGAUGCUUAUGGAAGCGCACUUGACCAACUUCAAGCUUCGAUAUCUUCUGCUGUGGGAGACGACGAUCACGCAACCGAUAAGAGCCGACCAGAAAAUAUUGAUGGCGUCUUACGAAGAAUUGAUGAGCAGAAUGUCUUAUACCCUGAUCGUUCUCCUUUGAAAAGCACUUCUUUCAGAGUGAACAAGAGUGAACGGAGCAGCCCGAAUAAAUCCAGCCCAAUUAAGGCAAACUCUCAUUCUCCUUGUAAGCCACAACUGAGUCUUGCCAGAUCCGGCUACAAACGAUCAUAUACUGAUCUUGACGGCACAUUGGACGAUAGUUCGACCAAAGUCACUAGGCAUCAUUGA